UUUAAAGGCGUCGCCUAGGCGUCGCCUAAGCGACGCUUAAGCGUCCAGGCGUGCCAGAAGGGCAAGGCGUCGAAGUCGCCUUUGUUUUCUGGCAAAGGCGUCCAGAGGCGUCUCUGAGGCGUCCGAAGGCGUCGCCUAGGCGCAAAAAUGGCCGCUUUUCAUGAUUCUGGACGCCUAUGUCCUUUUGGCGGGAAACGAAAAUUUUGGCGGGAAGGAAAACUGGAAUCUGGCUGGCUGGGAGGGAAAGAUGCCAUCUAAAGGGAAAAGAGAGGGAAGAGAGAGGGGAACUGACCAGGAAAAACUAUCUGGAGAGAAGAGAGAGAGGAGUGAGCUCCUCUCACACGUCCUCCUCAGCUCCGGCCAGAUCUGCUGCUGCUCCCCCAUCUACCGGCCUCCCCAACUCCGGCCAAGCUUGUGGCCAAGCUUCUGGCAACUCCUCCCACUGUGUCACAAUGGCUGAUGGGGAUUACGAUCCAAUGAAAGAUCCAGAACGCAGGCCACGGAGGACAACUGAUCCGGGCUGGAACUAUGGCUAUAUGGUGACACCUGGCAAUAGCAAUAUUGUUAAGUGCAAUCUCUGUGGCAAGGUAACUCAGGGAGGGAUCAAAAGGCAUAAGGAACAUCUUGCUGGCACUGGUGGAGAUGCAUUAGGCUGUCCAAGGGCUAGCACACAACUCAAGAGAGAGAUAUAUGAGUAUUUGGUGAAGAACAGGAGAAACCAAGCACUGCCAGAUGAUGAUGUUGUGGAGGUAGAUGCAGCAGGGACAGCAACAACAGCUGAAGUCUCCACUACAAGAGAAAGUUCAGGGACAGCUGCCAAAAGAAACAAGAGAGCCUUUGCUAUGAAAAUCAGCGGCAAUAAGGAUAAGGUUCAAUCUGUUGGAACCAAGUCAAUUGCUUCAAUGCUUAGGAGAAAACCUGAGGAUAUUGUUGAUGAAAGACGCUCCGGGCGUUCUCAAAGCAGCAUGGAGUCAAGCACAAAAACGGAGGCAGAGUUGCACUAUGUGGAUAUGCAGUGGGCAUUGUUCUUCUAUGAGUGUGGCAUACCUUUCAAUGUUGCAAGUUCUAGACAAUUUCAAAUUGCAAUAGAAGCAUCUUGUCAAUGUGGCUCGGGUUACAAGCCUCCUUCCCCUUACAAGCUGCGGGAGCCAUUGCUUAGGGAUUGUGUGAAUGAAACAAAACUCUUGAGAGCGGAGCACGAGGCAGCAUGGAAGCAAUAUGGCUGCACACUAAUGUCAGAUGGAUGGUCUGAUAGAAGGGGACGCCACUUAAUCAACUUUCUUGUAAACAGCCCAGCGGGAACUUACUUCUUGGAGUCGGUUGAUGCAUCAAUUGAAUGCCAAGAUGCUCGGAUGAUAGCAGAUUUGCUUGAGAAGAGAAUUGAAGGUGUUGGAAAAGAGAAUGUUGUGCAAGUUGUCACCGAUAAUGGUGCUAACUACAAGGCAGCAGGCAAGAUUCUAAUGGAGAGGAUUCCUACACUUUAUUGGAGUCCAUGUGCAUGCCAUUGCCUGGACCUAAUGUUGGAAGAUAUAGGGAAGCUAAAAGCAUUUAAGAAGCCAAUUGCACGUGGUAGACGAGUCACUACUUUCAUCUAUAGGCAUGGAAGACUUCUUGCUCUAAUGAGGAAGGCAACCGGCAACGAGGAUCUUGUGAGACCCGCAGCCACUCGCUUUGCCACAUCAUGUCUUGCUCUUAAGAGUUUGGUCAAGCACAAGCAAGCUUUGAGGAGUCUAUUUACAAGUAGGGAGUGGGUUGCAAACAAAUUGGCCAAAACUACAGCCGGUUUGAAUGUGCAAGACAUUGUUCUUUCAGCGGAAUGGUGGCAUGCAGCUGAGGACUGCAUUAGAGUUACAAAUCCACUACUUCGAGUGCUUAGGAUUGCAGAUGGUGAUGAGCUUCCUGCCAUGCCAGAAAUUUCUGCACUAAUGACGGCUGCAAAGGAUAAGAUAAGACAAGCCUUUCCUCAACAAAACAAGCAAGGUUUGCUCAAGAUGGUCAUGACCAUUAUUGACAAACGUUGGGAGACUCAAAUGGAUCAUCCAUUGUAUGGGGCUGCUUUGUUUUUGAACCCUGGAAAAUACUUCUCUAUUAAAGAGAGUGGUGAUGAUGAACUUGUAGGUGAGCUAAGAAGUUGUUUCAAUGAUGUCCUUGCAAAAAUGGUAGCUGAUGUGCCCACUCGAAACAAGAUUGAUGCACAAGUCGUUCUCUAUGAGGACAAGCGACAAGGUUUUUCUAAUGUGAUGGCCAUCGAAAACAUGGGCAAAAGAAACCCUCUUGAUUGGUGGAGUUCAUAUGGUGGUCGAGCCAUUGACCUACAAAGGUUUGCAAAGAGGAUUGUUAGUCUUUGUGCAUCAUCAUCCGGUUGUGAGAGGAAUUGGAGUGCAUUUGAAUUUAUCCAUACCAAGAAAAGGAAUCGGUUACAACACCGAAUCUUGAAUGACAAUGUUUUUGUUUCAUACAACCGGAAGAACAUGGAUAGGUUUCAAAAGAGGCGUGAGAAGAUUGGUGACAAAAGCUAUGACCCUCUAAUCAUUGAUGAUUUUGAUUGGGGCAAUGAGUGGGUUGACCCAACAAUGCCUCCACCCCAAGGUGCUAGAGGGUGUCCCGAUGACAUUUCAUGGGAGCUUGUUGAUGAGGCUGUUGGUGCCAGUUCAUCGCUGCAAGGCCGCAAUUUUCCUAGAGGUGCAAGUGCAACCAUGGGAAGGGGUCCCUCAAAUGCCAACAUCCAGUACCAAAGGCAGCGCAAAAGGCCUGCUCCAACACGAUCAUAUGAGUCAGAUGAUCAAGAAGAUGACCAGGUACAACGCUCAAGUGAGCCCAAUGGAGAGGAUGAUGAUUCCGACUAUGUUGAAGAUGAUGUGGAUGUGACCGAUGAUGAUGAAGACCCAACUAGUGCUGACCAAGAUGAUGAGAACCAAAAUGCUACCAUGGAUGACUUCGAUGAUCACUUUUGAGACUUGGGAUUGAGAGUGCCAGCCUUGCUUAUGAUUUUAUUGUGUUAUGUGGAAGUAGAACCUAUUUUAUGUUGUUGUGAACCUAAUUUAUUGUGUUCUCUGGUUGUGUACUACACUACCACUAGACCUAUUUAUGUUCUGGACCAUUUGUCAUGUAAUAUGUAAUGCACUGUUUGCCUGUUUGUUA